CCUCGCUGCUGUUGCUCCUUCCCACCGAUUUUCCCUUGUUCCUUCCGAUUAGCGCGUCAUAUACACGAUUCUUCUCCUUUUGUACAGGACAGCUGGCCGACCUCGGAGCUUAGUGAGCAGAAUCCCGCCAGCUUGACGAUCGGAACGCGGCGACGAAGUAUUUGCUGCGAGUCAAGCUACUAGCUUCCAACCUAGUGCACGAGUGCAUUCGACUUGGUUACGGAAUUCUAAAUUAUUCUCCGGAUCGCCUUUACUACGAGUCAGCUGGGUUAGGUGACCUUGGACGCUGGUGCAUUUUUCGCUGCUUGGCUUGUUUUACUGUUCAAAGUAUUGGUGAUUCGGUACUUGACCUUGACACUUUUGAUCAUCAUGUCGCUUCACUCUUAUAUUAACAAGAAAGUAUGCAUCCUGACGGUUGACGGACGGACACUCCUGGGGACAUUACUCUCGACCGACCAGCUCACGAACCUGGUUCUCCUGGACACGAUCGAGCGAAUCAUCCGGACCCCCGACGACCCGGAACCCAGUUCCCAGAUUGAACAUGGGCUGUAUCUGAUCCGAGGCGACAACGUUGUAUUAUGCGGAGAGGUUGACGAAGCCAUUGACAAUGAUAUCGACUGGACGAAGGUCAGGGGAGAAGUGGUCAAAGGCACCAAGAACGCAUGAAACAGCGGGGAAGCGGUGUUCCGAUGAUUAUCUACAUGACAAGGAGUUUCUUUUUCUCGCAGCAAGAAGAAAGGAAAAAAAGAGGAUGAGCGUUUUAAGUGUACGAUGGGGAAGUGGACGAGUUUCAACGUAACAUUGGUGGCUAGUGCGUAUAUGGGUCAGGCGGGAACCCCCUCCCUCUCUUUGUGGUGGUCUUCGUUCGUCAAUUAAGGGGAGGGGGGCAGUAAGCGCGUGCCAGUGUCAGUGCCGGCCAGGGG